GACUGUGGGACCAGCUUCGUCACGCGCAGCCUUGCAUCCGGAUGAAACUCUGCAGGCCUUUGGUAACAGCAGCAUCCGAGAAGCCCAAAUAAGGGAACCCAAAGAAAUGUGUCAAGAAGGCUUGUCUAGACUAACUCUGAGCAGCCGCAGUAAACAGACCGAGUGCUUGCUGGGAGAGAGGAGGACACUAGCAGCAGCCCCAGAACUCAUGGACUCCAUGCUGGAGUCUCAAAGAUACCCCAGCGGUAGCCUCCAGAAAGAAUUUCCCCAGCGUCAGAAUGAAGACACAGAGCCUCAGAACAGCCUCUUGAGGGAAGUGGAAUGCAUAGCACAGAGGCUGGGGGCGUCCCUGGAGGAGAUCCAGAGGAGAGCAGAGGAGCCACAAGAGAAGAAGAACGAACAGAGAAAGUUAGAUAAUGCACUUGAGAAUGCUCGACUGGAAAUUGAAAAAUUGAAAAAUAGUCUAAUAAAACUGAAAGAAAGUGAUGCAACUGACUUACAGAAAGCCAGAGAACAUAACCAGAGGCUAGACGAGGAAAUUCUGGCUUUGAGAAACCGGGUUCGAUCGCUUGACUCCGAGAAAAAGGUGCUUGGAGAAAUGAUAUUGAAAAUGAGCCAAGAAAAUAUUAAAGUGCUUGACAGUGACUUGUCAGAAGACCGGGAGAAGCGACAGCAACUGGCAUCUGCUUUCGUUACUAUUCAGAAGUCCUUGAGAGUGGAUAGUGAGGAAUUCCAAAAAUCAAAGUCAGAACUUCUGUGCCUUUAUAAAGAAAUUCAAAGUCUUCCAAGGAUUGAGGGCAGAGAGCAGUUUUUAAUAGCAUAUAACCUGCUACAAAGAGAGAAUUCUGAAUUAGAAGCCAAGGUCUUAAAGCUUUCACAAGAAUUGGAACAGUUAGAACAUUGCUCUGUAGGGGACAGAACUGCCAAUUUAAUGACAAGUGACAGCCAUGGUGAAGAUCUGGUGUCUAAAGUGCCACUUUUGGAAGGAGAGGUUCUGAGCCCAAGUGAAGAAGGACAGGCACCCUGUUCUGAAUUAGGAGAAAGUAAGCAGCAGGAAAUGCCAGAGGAGUCAGUGAAGGCGGCCACUUUUCCAAGAGAGAGGCAGGAGGAGCCCCAACAGAAUGGAGACUCGGGAGGCCCUGGACAGCUGUUGGCCAUGGAGCCCAGAGAAGUUGGGAGGCUUGGAGAAGAGCUGAGCCUCCACUCCCAGAGCUGUGGGGAUAGUUCAGAGGACAGCAGCACCCAGUACCUAACGUCUGGAGAGAGAGCGAACUACCAGCAUCAGGGGGAAGUGCAGCAACUGCGCCAGAAGCUGAACCGCCUCCAGGUCCUGUGCAGCUCGGCUGAAAAGGAGCUGCGGUACGAGCGCGGCCGGAGCCUGGACUUGAAACAGCACAACAGUCUGCUCCAGGAGGAGAACGUCAAGAUCAAAAUCGAACUCAAGCAGGCCCAGGAGAAGUUGCUAGACAGCGCCAGGAUGCACUCUUCGCUCACGGCCGAGUGGAAGCACUGUCAGCAGAGAGUCAAGGAGCUGGAGCUGGAGGGACUCAAGCAGGCGCGGAGCAUCAAAUCCCAGCAGAGCCUUCAGGAGAAGCUGGCUUGGGAGAAAUCCAAAGUGGCCGAUGCUCAGGAAAAGAUUUUGGACCUGCAGCAGAAACUAGACCAUGCUGGACAAGUCUGCCUUUCAGAUGCUUGUGUUUUGCUGAAGAAGCAACUGGAGGAGGAGAUCAAGGAGUCGAAGAGCAAUGAGACUAGACUUCAGCAGCAGUUACAGGAGGAGCAGCAGAGGAGGGUAGUCCUGGACCAGGACAUGAAUGAGCUCCAGAGGCAAGUGAGGACCUUGCAGGAUAAGGAGGACCAGCGGGAAGCAGCCAGUUCCCAGCAACAAGAGACCCUAUGCCAACAACUGGAAAGUGAGAAGAGGAAGUGUGAGGAGUAUGUCAAGAGCAACCAGGAGCUGUCGGAGAAGCUGGCCAGGCUACAGCAGGAGAAGGAAGCUCUGUGGCAAGAGCACGGGCAGUUUCUGGAGCAACUUGGUGAGCACGUGAGAAACUACAAAGACAAACACCACUGCCACAAGGUCAAGCUGCAAAAGGUCAAGGACCGUCUAACUCAUGAGCUAGAAAUAAGAAAUAAGAGGAUUAAAGAGCUCGAGGAUGAAGUUGGGAAACUGCGACAAAAAAUUGAAAUGGAGAAGGCAUUCCAGGACCAGAUCAUGACCCAAAAUGACAUCCUUCUCCUGGAAAAGAGGAAGCUUCUAGAACAAGUCACAAAUCAAGAAGAACUGAUCUGCAGCAAUAAAUCCACAAUCUCUGCAAUCCAGAGCAAGGUGUUUUUACUGGAUAAAGGAAACCAGCAGUUGCAAGAGAACUGCGUCCGGCUCAUGCAGCACAUCAGUCUCUUAGAACGCAUUAUAAGGAACAUCCAGAUUCGCAGAACAGAAGAAACAAUGAUCAGUGACAAUGCUGCUUUUGAAAUACUCAGGAAAAUGCUCCCUUUACAGAGCGCCAGUUUCUCAGGAACAGGUUUGGUACUGUCAGCUGAAAAUCUCCAGGAGACUGAGCUACAUAAAUCAGAAGGGACAACAGCAGUCGUCAAGUCCCCCGAACCUCUUUCAUGUUCACAGAAUUCAGAAAGUGGAUACAUAAAUGUGACUUCUCUGAAAGAGACAUACAGCAUACAGGGGGACCAAAAGCCAGGACUAUGACAUCACUGGUGUCUAAAACAAUCCUAACUGAAACCUACUAACUCAGAGCAUGGAUAUAAAAGGUGCACAUUGACCUGGAGAAGUCUCACAGAACACCCUGGACAGCGGCAAGGAGUCUUCAAAAUUGCUGAUCGAACAGUCAUUAAAAACUUUCUAAAAACAGA